AAAGUGGCAAGUUAAUUGAUUUUUUAAAAUUCUUGUACUUUCAGUAAACAAAAGUAAAGAGAUUAGUUUGUUUGCAAGGUCUGGGUGUUGCCACAUUCAUUUUGCUGUUUUUAUUUCUCUCAUUCUCACUCUUCUGAAUGCAUUUAAUGCUGAGUUUUUUUCAGAUGAACUAUUCAUUUCUGGAGGAAUGAACUGAUCCAAGUCUAUAGGAGCUGCAUAUAUUUUCAGAAAUCCAAAGUCACAAAGGUGCAGAAGAACAAAUAAGAUUCAAGGAAUCAUUAGAUUCUUCUGAUCAGGCAGUUUUAAGUUGAGAAGGGAAAAAAGGUGCAUAGCAGGGAACAAAGUACAGUGUGAUUCUUGCUGCAGUGUUCAGCUUAUUGUAAAUCUCUCCCCCUCUUUCAUCCCUCCGCCCCGGGAAAGGAGUCCUGGCCUAGGUACUGAAUCGGACAAGGUCUUUUCUCCUGGAAACCCAGAAGCAAUGCUUCCUUGGAAGGGAAGAAAGUGACAUGCUAAGGAAGCAGGGAGGAGCCCUCCUCCACAGAGGCGGGCCCUGGGCAUUUGCUUUGCCGGAGACCGCCCCCCUCCGGUCUCCUGAACUGGUUCCCAAGACCUCCGAGGGCACCAGCUAGAAGGGGGGGAGAGAGAGGAAAAAGCAGCCCACCAAAAGCGCAGCAGGGUCUUCCCUGUUCGUUCCCGAGCCCCUCUCACUACACUAUGCUGGUGCAUCCGAUACCCCGUGCGCGAUUAGUCCUCCUCCUCCUCCUGCCGCUGCUGCUAAUCUUCUCUCCGCUGGCAGUUGUGGUCACAGCAGAGCCCAGGGGGAACAAAUCGGAUGCGAGCGGUUCCCACUUUUAAUAAAGUGAAGUUGGGGGGGGGGGAGCUCUGAAGUUUUUCUUUUUCCGAGCAGCAGCAGGAGCAAGGGGUGGGGGCGGGGGUGGGGGUGGAAUUAAAAGGGGGGAGGGGAAGGCUGCUCUCUGCUAAGGAACAACUCGCACCACCAUGCAGCUUGUGUUAUGGGCACUGGCAUUAGGAACACUCCUUCUCCAGGACGUCUUGAAUGUAGCCAGCACAGCAGCGAGGAAGCAGAAGCUGCAUCCAAGACAAGCCCAGCUGUUGGGGAAACUGCGCGAGUUCGAGAUCGUCACCCCCACCCGUGUGAACGAGUUCGGAGCCCCCUUUCCCACGCACGAACACUUCAAAAGAAAGAGACGCAGUAUUAAUCCUGACACGGACCCUUGGGCCACCGACUCCUCCUCGGCCCACUACCGGCUUUCCGCCUUCGGGGAGCAGUUUCUGUUCAACCUCACGGCCCAUUCUGGAUUUAUCGCGCCACGUUUCACCGUCAGCCUCCUCGGAGCCCCGGGGGUUAACCAAAGCCGGUUUUACAGCGAGGAGGCCAGCGACGUAAAGCACUGUUUUUAUCGAGGACAUGUGAAUAGCCAGCCCCAGCACACUGCGGUCAUCAGCCUCUGUUCAGGGAUGCUAGGCACAUUCAGGUCUCACAAUGGGGACUAUUUUGUGGAGCCGCUGCUAUCGCCCGAUGAACAAGAGUACGAAGAAGAGCACAAUAAGCCACAUGUGGUCUACAGACACAGUGCACCUCAAAAAGACUCACCAAGGGAAAGGCACACUUGCGAUACUUCAGGGCAUGAAAACAGUCGCAAGAAGGGCAAGAGGAAAAACCAGAGAAGACAAUGGCAAGGAAUUAAUCUGUUCUCGGACGUGGAGGUAUUAAAACAUAGCAUAGCAAGAAAUCAAUUUUCUACAUAUAACAACAAGACUGAGAACACAAGUCAUGUCAAGAUGCACCGAAGAACAAAGCGAUUCCUCUCCUAUCCUCGAUUUGUGGAGGUCAUGGUGGUGGCAGACAGCAGAAUGGUUGCCUACCACGGAGCUAAUCUGCAACACUAUAUCUUAACAUUAAUGUCAAUAGUAGCCUCUAUCUAUAAAGACCCAAGUAUUGGAAAUUUAAUUAAUAUUGUUAUUGUGAAAUUAGUCGUGAUACAUAAUGAACAGGAUGGUCCUUCAAUAUCUUAUAAUGCCCAGACAACAUUAAAAAACUUUUGCCAAUGGCAGCAUUCCCAGAACCACCCUGAAGAAAACAAUCUACCCAAACAUGAUACCGCUGUACUUGUUACCAGACAGGAUAUUUGUAGAGCUCACGACAAAUGUGAUACAUUAGGUCUGGCUGAACUGGGCACUGUUUGUGAUCCGUACAGAAGCUGUUCAAUUAGCGAAGAUAACGGACUAAGUACUGCUUUUACGAUCGCGCAUGAACUUGGCCAUGUAUUUAACAUGCCACAUGAUGACAAUAAUAAGUGCAAAGAAGAUGGAGGGAAAAAUCAACAACAUGUCAUGGCACCGACACUGAACUUCUAUACCAACCCCUGGAUGUGGUCAAAAUGUAGUAGGAAAUACAUUACAGAGUUUCUAGACACUGGUUAUGGGGAAUGUUUACUAGAUGAGCCUGUAUCAAGGACUUACACUUUGCCUCAGCAACUCCCAGGAGUAAUUUAUGAUGUUAAUAAACAAUGUGAGUUAAUUUUUGGACCAGGGUCUCAAGUCUGCCCAUACAUGCAGAUGCAGUGCAGACGCCUCUGGUGCAUCAGCAGUGAUGGAGCUCACAAAGGAUGUCGUACUCAACACACACCUUGGGCUGAUGGGACAGAGUGUGAACCUGGAAAGCACUGCAAGUUUGGCGUGUGUGUCCCCAAGGAGCGAGAGGUGCCGGUAACUGAUGGAGCGUGGGGAUCGUGGAGUCCCUUUGGAAGCUGUUCAAGAACCUGUGGUGGUGGCAUAAAAACUGCGGUUCGAGAAUGCAACAGGCCUGAGCCCAAGAAUAGUGGGAAAUAUUGCGUGGGUCGUCGAAUGAAAUUUAAAUCCUGCAACACUGAACCAUGCUCUAAAGUAAAGAAAGACUUCCGAGAUGAGCAGUGCGCUGACUUUGAUGGGAAACAUUUUAACAUUAACGGUCUACCUCCUAAUGUGCGUUGGGUUCCUAAAUACAGUGGAAUUUUAAUGAAAGAUCGGUGCAAGUUGUUCUGUAGGGUAGCAGGAAACACAGCCUACUAUCAGCUCAGGGAUCGAGUUGUUGAUGGCACCCCUUGUGGCCCAGACACAAAUGACAUCUGUGUGCAAGGACUUUGUCGGCAAGCUGGCUGUGAUCAUGUGCUAAAUUCCAAGGCAAGGAGAGACAAAUGUGGCGUUUGUGGUGGCGAUAAUUCUUCAUGCAAAACUGUUGCAGGCACAUUUAACACAGUGCAUUAUGGCUAUAACACCGUGGUACGCAUACCUGCUGGUGCUACAAAUAUUGAUGUGCGGCAGCACAGUUACUCAGGGAAACCAGAAGAUGAUAACUACCUUGCCUUAUCAAACAGCCAUGGAGCCUUCAUCUUGAAUGGAGACUUUGUCGUCAGCAUGUUUAAAAGGGAAAUCAAAGUUGGGAAUGCUGUGAUCGAAUACAGUGGCUCAGACAAUACAAUCGAAAGGAUUAAUUCCACGGAGCGCAUUGAGCAAGAAAUCGUUCUUCAGAUUCUAUCAGUGGGUAAUUUAUAUAACCCUGAUGUUCGAUACACAUUCAAUAUCCCGAUUGAAGACAAACCUCAGCAGUAUUACUGGAACAUCUAUGGCCCGUGGCAAGCCUGCAGUAAACUUUGCCAAGGGGAAAGAAAAAGGAAACCCAUUUGUACGAGAGAAUCUGAUCAACUCAUGGUGUCAGAUCAAAGAUGUGAUCGAAUUCCCCAACCUGCUCCAGUAACUGAGCCUUGUAGCACAGAAUGUGAAUUAAGGUGGCAUAUUGCUAGAAAGAGCGAGUGCACUGCGCAGUGCGGGCUGGGAUACCGAACGCUAGAUGCCUACUGCACAAAGUACAGUAGGUCGGAAGGGAAGACAGAGAAAGUCGACGACCAAUUCUGCAGUGGCCAAACCAAGCCAAAUACUAGGGAAAAAUGCUUUGGAGACUGUAAUGUAGGAGGAUGGCGGUAUUCAGCCUGGUCUGAUUGCUCUAAAAGUUGUGGUGGUGGCACAAGGAGACGACGAGCCAUUUGCGUUAACACCCUCAGUGAUGUACUGGAUGACAGCAAAUGCAGCCAGCAGGAGAAGCUCAUUGUAGAGCACUGUAGUGACUACUUGUGUCCACAGUGGAAAACAGGUGACUGGUCAGAAUGCUUGGUAACCUGUGGGAAAGGGCACAAACAUCGCCAGACUUGGUGCCAGUUUGGAGAAGAUCGACUAAACGACAGGUUUUGUGAUCCAGAGAGUAAGCCCAAUUCUGUGCAGACCUGUCAGCAACAGGAGUGUGCAGCGUGGCAAGUAGGACCUUGGGGACAGUGCACAAUGACAUGUGGGCAGGGCUACCAAAUGAGAGCAGUGAAAUGUGUCAUCGGUGCGUAUGUCUCAGUAGUGGAUGACAAUGCGUGUAAUGCCGCUACGCGGCCAACAGACACACAGGACUGUGAAAUAGCAGCAUGUCCUCUCCAUCCAGCUGCUCCAGAAACGAAAAGAUCUAUGCCCAGCAUUCACAGGACACAAUGGAGAUUUGGAUCUUGGACACCCUGCUCGAUGACAUGUGGGAAAGGUACUAGGAUGAGGUAUGUCAGCUGUCGUGAUGAUCAGGGCUCAGUGGCUGAUGAAGCCGCCUGUUUUCACCUCCCUAAGCCUUCAGCGACAGAAGUGUGCUCCAUAACGCCAUGUGGACAAUGGAAAGCCCUGGAGUGGAGUUCUUGUUCAGUGACAUGCGGCCAAGGUAAAGCAACGCGGCAGGUAGUCUGCUUGAAUUUCAGCGACCAGGUGGUUGAUAGAAGUGAAUGCGAUCCAGAUGAUCUCCCGGCAAUGGACCAGGAUUGCUCUGUCUCUUCCUGUCAGAACACCCAUGACUCCAGCAGGCCAAUCCACCCUUUCCCAUACCCGGAGCAUCCACCGAAACCCCACCCAGGGGGAAACCUAAAUCAGAACACUGGCCCUGCGCACAUACCAGGAGGCAACCAGUGGAGAAUUGGCCCAUGGGGUGCUUGCUCUAGUACAUGCGCUGGGGGAUUCCAGCGGCGGGCUGUGGUGUGCCAGGAUGAAAACGGAUAUACUGCAAGUAACUGUGAUGAGAAAGCAAAACCUGUUGAGCAGAGAUCAUGUGAAUCUGGCCCUUGUCCUCAGUGGGCUUAUGGCAGCUGGGGAGAGUGCACAAAGUCAUGUGGUGCAGGAACAAGAACAAGGCUUGUGGUGUGCCAGCGCCCUAAUGGUGAAAGGUUUCCCGAUCUGAGCUGUGAAAUUCUCGACAAACCACCAGACCGUGAGCAGUGCAAUAUGCAGGACUGUCCUAGAGAUGCAGCCUGGAAUGCUGGUCCGUGGAGCUCGUGUUCUGCUUCUUGUGGACGGGGACAUAAACACCGAAAUGUUUACUGCUUGUCAAAGGAAGGAAACCGCUUAGAGGACGAUUAUUGCAAGCACCUUGCUAAACCGAACGUGCAAAGAAAGUGUAGAGGGGGCAGAUGUCCGAAGUGGAAAACGGGAGACUGGGGACAGUGCUCCGUGUCCUGUGGAGGAGGCAUUCAGCAGAGAAACGUUUAUUGCCACACGGGCACUCAGAAAACAGCCAGGGAGACCGACUGUUACCAAUUCACAAGACCAGUCUCUGAACAGGAAUGCUACAUUGCUGAAUGUCCCCGUUACAGCUGGGAAAUGGAGGAAUGGCAAGCUUGCAUGAAAACGUGCGGGGAAGGGUCCCGGUACCGGAAAGUUGUGUGCGUGAAUCAGAAUAACCAAGAGGAGGACAGCGUGAAUUGUGAUGCUAGCAAGCGCCCCUCUGAUAGGGAGAGCUGCAAUUUACCACCUUGCGAGUACAUCUGGAUUACAGGGGAGUGGUCUGAGUGCUCUGUGACCUGCGGCAAGGGCUACAAGCAAAGGUUGGUCUCGUGCAGUGAAAUUUACACCGAGAAGGACCAUUACGAGUACGGUUACCAGAAUACAGACAACUGCCCUGGCACCCAGCCACCAAAUGUCCACACAUGCUACCUUGGGGAAUGUCCAGUUUUGGCAACGUGGCGAGUUGGCAACUGGGGAAGCUGCUCGGUGACUUGUGGCAUUGGAGUGAUGCACCGAUCAGUGCAAUGCUUGACCAAUGAUGACCAGGCGAGCGCUUUGUGCCAUGCUGAUUUAAAACCUGAAGAGAGGAGGACGUGUCACAACAUCUAUGACUGUGAAUUGCCAAGCAGCUGUCAAGAUGUUAAAAGACUCAAAGGUGUCAUUGAAGAUGGUGAAUAUUACCUUAAAGUAAAAGGAAGGAUAUUAAAGAUAUAUUGUGCUGGGAUGCAGACUGACAGCCCAAAAGAGUAUGUGACGCUUGUCAGUGGGUAUGCGGAGAAUUUCUCUGAAGUGUACGGCUACAGAUUACAUAACCCGACUGAAUGUCCGUAUAACGGGAGCAGACGAGAAGACUGCCAGUGUAGGAAAGAUUACACAGCAGCUGGUUUUUCUGCCUUCAGCAAAGUCAGGCUGGACCUGAACACAAUGCAGAUAAUAACAACUGAUUUACAGUUUGCACGGACAGACGAUGGACGACCUGUUCCUUAUGCCACUGCGGGGGACUGCUACAGUGCGGCCAAAUGCCCACAGGGUCGCUUUAGCAUUGACCUUUACAAAACAGGCCUUUCGCUAACAGAAACAGCAAAAUGGAUCUCGCAAGGAAAUUACGCAGUGUCGGAAAUCCAAAAAUCCUCAGAUGGUACCAAAGUCAUAGGGAAAUGUGGUGGUUACUGUGGAAAGUGCACUCCGUCAUCUGGAACAGGCCUCGAGGUUCAAGUGUUGUAGCAAUGGUUUUCUGAAAGCAGGGAGAUGAGAUGGAUGAAGGACAGUGUUGCAAUACCUCCACCUUCUACUUUUGUACUUGUGUGCGUGUAUGUGUGAGUGUGUAUGUAUAGAUAUUGUAUAUUCUUAAUGAUGUAAAGUAUAAUAUUUAUGGCUGGAAUUAUUUAUUUUGAUUUAAUAUUUUUGUACGUAAAAUGUUUAUAUUAAGGCUGCUUUUACUGUUUUUUGUGUUAAACCUUGCAGUCAAACCACUGCAUUUUACGUACUCUACAUUAUAUGUAGCAUUAUGACAAAAGUGAUACUUCAUUGUCACUGUACUCAGUUGUUUACUUUCAAUCAGUAAUUUGUCUUCUUGUUACAGGCUGCUUUGCCCUUUCAAGGUGCUACAUAAUUUGCAUAGGGGUAUUUUUGGCAUUUCAGUACAAUCUUUUUAUAAGGAAAAUAGAGCAGGUUGGGGUUUUUUUGUUUUUUUUUUUUUUACUUAUUAGGCAGACAGCACUAAGGGAACAUAUGAAGAAUGAAUAGAGUGUUUGCUGUAUUAUCAGUCACUAUCUUUUAGGUAUAUUCUUAAUUUCAUAUGACCUCUGUGGCCAGUGCUAACAGUUGCUGGUUCGGUGCUACCACAAUGUAUGUAUUAAUUCUCUGUAGCUUUAGACCGUUAGAUACAGUGCCACCAUAGAUAAAAGGGGGGAAUGGAUGGAUGAGCCAAUUAAGACAAACUAAGGUCUAACCAAACCUAGGAUCUCACCCUGCUAAUGGGUCCAAAACUUGAAACCCAUUUUUAAGGCUCACAAAAUCUUGGUUACAUUUUUUAAAUUAGUAUAUUCUGAUUGCAUCAGCUGUGGAACUUCCUGGUUCUGUCCGGAUAUGGGGUGCUGGAUUUGUCCAAGACAGUCUGAUUGGGCCAUAUGAUCCCAUGACAUGUAUGCUGAAAAGCAUAGCAAAAUCUGCCACAAAAUCGUAAGCCAAACCCACCUACUUCGCAUUAUGCUCCUGCCACCUUGGGACAUCAAGCCUCUAAACAUCAUCUUGGGAGUGGGGUCUGUGAAAAUGUGGGAGGGGUCAUUGAGCAGCCAGGACACGCUGGAAAAACAUCCUAUUUUACCAGACAAUGUAUAAGUUACUGUUCUGGGCCGCAGUAACUCAGUAUCAGCAGACGUCUGCAGGGCUUCAGUGGAUUUCUAAACAUACAGGGCCAUCUGCAAACAAGAGUGGAUGAGUAAGCUUCAUCUCAGACUUACAAGAUGUUUCAAUCAGAUCACUUUGUAUGUGCAAACACCCGGCCCCACUUACACGCACUGGUUAAUAUACUAGUGCACUGCUUUGCUCUUCCCCCGCAAGGCAUCUGUGCUCUUUGGGUUUCUUCCAUCCAGGCACAACUGAUUCUGUAGUCCUUGUUCAAGAAUAGCUCCCACUGGAGUCAAAGUUUGGCUGAGUAAAGACUGCAGAAGUGGUCUUUGUCUGUAUGUCACCAGCCUUGCUGUCUGUUACAUGUAGACCAUCUACCCAGAGCUCUCCAGUACAUCGUGUGGUGGUGACUCUGACCCUUAGUUCUUUCCCUACAGUUUUACUACGCGUAGGAGCAUAUUGCCCAUACUCACUGUUUCGGGUGUGAUCAGAAGCCAGGAACUCUCAGGAACAGUAUGGAAGGGAACAUCAUGGGACUUUCAUCAAUGUGUGAAACCAAAGAGUAUAUCCAAAAAUUUGGAUAAAUACCUAUACUUUGAGGUGCACAUACUUACCAAACCCAACCUCAGAACCUUUUGAGAUCCUGUUAACCUGUAUUAUACUUCAGCCAUCACUAAGGAGAGCAAAUGUAAUCAGUUUGUUGAAAACUAUAGUAUCAAUAAACUAUGAUCAUAGAAACAUGGAGCUGGAAGGUACCUCGAUAGGUCAUCUAGUUCACUCCCCUGCACUAAGGCAAGACUAAUGGUUAACUAGACCAUCCCGGGCCGGGUCUAAUCUGUUCAUGAUCAUGUCCACUGAUUUGUAAUCCAUGCCUUUGCUAGGCUGUUAUCAGCAUCUUUAUUCUGCCAUUUAAACUUGGUCUAUUUUAGAAUGAAAAUUUCUAACCAGAUCCCCAGUGGGUAUAAAUUGGCAUCGCUCUAUUAAAGUCAACAAGGUUAUGCCAAACCACCACUCAGAAACUCUGGCCUUUGCCUACUUUGUCAAAUGCUGCCUAAGAAUUCAUGCAUGUAAUAUUUUGGAUCCAAAAAGAAGAUACAUUAUCCCAUAUGCAUUUUGCAUUUUAUAUUUCACCAAGUAGUAGGAUGUGGUCAUAUGACAGGCAGACUAAUAGUUUAUCACCAACCUGGGUUGUAUGUAUAUGAGUAAUUGUAAUGAAAUGACACCCACAAUAUUUUUUGAGAAAAUGCCAAAAAUACCAUUUCAAAGUAUGUUUUAUUUUAAAAAAACAGGGUGAGGGGGAAGAGGGAGAGUAGCUAGGAAAUUGUGAUUUUGUGAUAACCACUCAUCAUUAAAGCUUCUGUCCUGUAGGGAAAAAGGGAAAAUUGCACUAACUUUAGGAGAAAAACAAUGGUGCUCAAUUAAUGUUUAGACAGUGCAGGCUGAUUUUAUUUUCUGUAAUGAAGUGAAUGAGUAUUUAUAAAAAAGAAAUAUUAUUUAGACCUGUACGCAUUCCUUUCUACCAUGUCGCUUAAUAACCACUGGCAAUAGAGGCAGGAGAAACCUAAAAUUAUGAAAUAAAAUGUAAGGGAAUUAUUUAUAGUUACUUAUCUUUAGAAUCACUGGUAGAUUUAAAUAAGUUAGAAAACAAAGGUGGGGACCACUGAGAUAUUAGUUUUUGUGAAGUAAAUAUAAUUAUAUUUUUUGCUGUACCAAUGCCAUUAUUUUUCUAAAAAUUGUUUUUUUCCAAGCACUUUCCUGUACAAGGUUAUUUUUUUCUUUUCUUAUCACCAAAAGGAAAUG